AUUGUGUGAUAACCACUAUUACUACCAACCAUGUAAAGGAGCGACAAAAGGUAAAAAGAGUUUCUCUGCCAAAAACAAAAAUAUCAUCAUUGCGAUUAUUGCGAUCGAGAAAAUCACACAUAGAACUGAUUAGUAAUAAAAAUUAUCCACCUACGGGUAAUAAUAUUGCAAUUCAAUGGAAGAAGGUGCUGCAAAGCGUCGUAGUGUUGUUUACCGGAAGAAGCGUAUUAAUAGGAAAACAAAAUUACAUUUAGUUUUUGAUGAAAAUGCCAGAAGGGAAUUCUUGACUGGGUUCCAUAAACGAAAAUUAGAGAGGAAGAGAGCAGCACAAGAGCAACUGGAAAAACAACUGAAGGAUGAGAGGAAACGUCUUAAGCAAGAAGCCCGAGAGUCUUACAAGAAGUUGGUGGUGUCGCACAAACCCAUUCCUGAACUUGAAGAAUUUGAAUCCAAGGAGUACGACCUCGAAAACCACACCGUCAGCAUUCUCGAGCUGUCGUCGAACGAGAUGGCCAAGAAGAACAACUGGAUCGGUUUGAACAGGGUCCGUUAUGAAGAAGACAAAGAUGAUGAUGAUGAUGCUGGAAAAGAUAGCGAUGAAACUGAAGAAGAUGUGCCAGGAAUGGAGCUGAAGUGUGAGCGAGACAUCAAGAAGAUUCUGAAGAAAGAAGCAACGAAGAAAGUGAAGAAGAGUAAAGUUUUCCAAGCGAAAAACAAACUGGAACGGCAGAAAAAUAAGAAAAAGUCUCGUAAGAUAAAGUACCAACGAAUUAAAAUUAGAAGCAAAAGAGGAAAAAACAAAAAGGGUAAUUAAUAAUUUUUGAUUGCAUAAGUAAAUGUUUUUGUAAUAAUAAAGCUCGUAUGCCUUGUGGUAAUGCAGUGGUUAUAUUAUAAUAAAGACACUAAGCCAGUUAUGUUAAAUAAAGAACCUGAAUACUGCUGUAUCAUAAAACAUUUCUUGUUGUGAGAACACUUCAGAAAAACUGCCGUAGUAAUUUUUUUUUUCUUAGCACCAACAUACCUACAACAUAAUGUUAGUUAAUUUUAAAUUGGAUAAUUACUCCAACUUCUUGUAACUUUGUGACAUUACAAGUUGUGACAGAUGUGACAGCUUGUGACAAUUGUGAUAAUUACUCUUCACACCCCCUUCCCCCCUUUGCCAAAUACAAAUAUUGAUUCAUGUUACACACUUGAUCACAGUUGAACCUUUACCAAGUAUUCUUGGAAGUCCUGUUUUUAAAAUCAUCUCUCGAUAUCCAUCCACCAGAUGGCCAAUUCAACAUUCCCUUGGGAACAUAGGAAUAACAAUUAAACUAUCAAUUACUCAACAACAUUUCCUAUUGUAUUAAUGAUUCUUUAAACCUAUUAGUUGUCAACUUUGAAUUUAUUUACUGAGACCCUCGGGUGAGGGAGCAACAAAAUUAACCAGAACCUUGGACGUUGUUUUACAAACUGGUCGUUUACCUCCCACAGUCAGCGAAAUUUCUGCAGAUGCCUUAAGCCAGCAGACAAGUAUUAUAUGCACAUGUCUUUUGGAAGAGGGAUAUAACAAGCAGGGAGUAGAAUAUUCAUUUCGUUUCACCGAAAACCAUUAGGUGUAUAUACAUUUUUAAAGUGGCAGAUUUCUGUGUUAUUAUUUUUGAUGAGGGAACAUUUUAGCUCUCUGUGUAUGGCAUUUGGUAGGAGCAAUUUCAUGAAUGGAACGGAAGUUGCAUGGAAUGGAAAUGUGUAACCACAGUGCUGUCAUCUGUGGCUGAUGGUGCAAAUCAUAGAGACAGAGGGAAAAUUUUCAUAUCGUAUUAACUGUUUAAUGAAUUUUAGUUGAAAAUUGGAUCAAAAGUCAGGGUUUGGUAUUUUUUCAAGCCUUUUUCGUUUUUUUCGGAGCUGUUUCAUUGUAUAGUUUAACCUUUCGCUCUGCAAAUCCAAAGAUUCAAUAGUCGACGUAGCUGCUCCGGCAGCGAAUUCUAGGGGUAGGUGCGGAAACUAUGUAUGAUUCACGUCACGAAGUGUAAUUGACUAAUUGAAAACAGAUUUUUUUAUAUAUUUAUCAUACUCUGUAUUUUUUUAAAGAAUUCAACAAUAAAUUUGGUGUCAAAGUUU